CCAACAGCAAAAAACCCAAACCCCCCAACCAGCCAACCAAAAAAAAACCAAAAAAGCCAACCCAACAGAAAAGAGAAAACAGGCGGGCAGGGCUCGCCCGGCCGCCGCGGAGCGGCCAUCUCGGCUUUGGAGCGGGCCGCAUCCAUGGAGUUCCCGGGAGGGUGUUCCUGAGAGAAGGGCCCGGGCCGGGCGCGGCCCCGGCAAUGACACCGGAUGAGCGCGGCCGAGGGGGGCUCUGCCGGCCGGGGACUGCGGGAGCAUCCCCCCCGCCCCCCGCCUCCUUCCCCGCCCGUAACCCAAGAGACAGCCUCAACUCUUGGAGGACACUCUCCUGGCAAAGAUGGAAGAAAAACGCCGCAAGUACUCGGUCAGCAGCGACAACUCGGACACCACCGACAGUCACACCACAUCCACCUCCAGAUGCUCCAAAAUUCCCAACACCAAAUCCUCCUGGUCACGACAGAAGGAGAAGAAGCCCUCUGAGGUUUUCCGUACGGAUCUGAUAACAGCUAUGAAGAUCCCUGACUCCUUCCAGCUGAGCCCUGAUGAGUACUACAUCCUGGCUGAUCCCUGGAGGCAGGAGUGGGAGAAGGGGGUCCAAGUGCCGGCGAGCGCUGAGGCCAUCCCAGAGCCCGUGGUCAGGAUCAUACCCCAGCUGGAGCCCUCACCUGCACAGCUGUCACCAGCCAGCCUGCCUGGCUCCGAGAGCUCGGAGGCGACCAGGACUUACCUGCAGGGCAUGAGCCGCUACGACCUGGAUGAACUCGAUGCCUGCUGGUUGGAACUGGUUAAUAUGGAGCUGAAGGAGAUGAGAAGCCCGAGCUGGACCGAGGUGACGCUGGAGCGAGUGCUGGAGGAGCUGGAGACAUUGUGCCCACCUCGAGAAACAUGACCAUGGCCAUCGAGACGGGAGGAGGGGCUGGGCAUCGAGUACGACGAGGACGUGGUGUGCGACGUGUGCCGCUCGCCCGAGGGCGAGGACGGCAACGAGAUGGUCUUCUGUGACAAGUGCAACGUCUGCGGUGCACCAGGGUGCCGGUGCCCAGCUGCGGAGACAGCCUGCUAUGGCAUCCUGAAGGUGCCCAUCGGGAGCUGGCUGUGCCGGACCUGUGCCCUCGGUGUGCAGCCCAAGUGUCUGCUGUGCCCAAGAGAGGGGGAGCGCUGAAGCCCACUCGCAGUGGGGGGAACCAAAUGGGUCCACGUUAGCUGUGCCUUAUGGAUACCUGAGGUUAGCAUUGGAUGUCCUGAGAAAAUGGAACCCAUUACGAAGAUCUCACAUAAUCCCAGCGCCAGAUGGGCUCUGUCCUGCAGCCUCUGCAAGGAGCUCCCUGUGCUCUGCCCACAGUGCUCCAUGCCCGCCUGUGUCACCGCGUUCCACGUCACCUGCGCCUUCGACCACAACCUGGACAUGCGAACCAUCCUAGCAGACAAUGACGAGGUCAAGUUCAAGUCCUUCUGCCUUGAGCACAGCAGUGCCACCAAACUGCCCGAGGAGGCACGGACAGAACCUGACCAAGCCCAGCUAGACCUGGAGAAGGUCACACUGCAGCAGAAGCUCCAGCAGCUGGAGGAGGACUUCUAUGAACUUGUGAAGCCCUCAGAGGUGGCAGAGAACCUUGACUUGAGUGAGUCCUUAGUGGAUUUUGUCUACCAGUACUGGAAGCUGAAGAGGAAAGCAAAUUCCAACAAACCACUGCUGACACCAAAAACAGAUUGAAGUGGACAACUUGGCCCAGCAAGACAGGAUGUCCUCUACCGACGCUUGAAGCUCUUCAUGCACCUCAGGCAAGACCUGGAGAGGGUCAGAAAUCUCUGCUACAUGGUGACCAGGCGGGAGAAGAUGAAGCACACCAUCUGCAAGCUGCAGGAGCAGAUCUUCCAGCUCCAGAUGAAGCUGAUUGAGAAAGAUCUUUACCCAGAGCAAACUGGGAAGAAGACAAAGGGUAAGAAAAGUGACCCAAGAAGGAAAGGAAGAGAUGGUAGAAAAAGUAGUCCUGAGAAGAAAGAGAAAAGGAAAUCAGUCAACGAAACUGUGUUGGGACAGCUGGGCUUGUCAACCUCCUUCCCCAUCGACGGGACUUUCUUCAACAGCUGGCUGGCGCAGUCGGUGCAGAUCACUGCCGAGAACAUGGCCAUGAGCGAGUGGUCCCUCAACAACGCCCACCACGAGGACAGCACCCCCGGCCUCUCCGAGGAGCUGCUCCAGGACGAGGAGACCUUGCUCAGCUUCAUGAUGGACCAUUCCCUCAGGUCCCCGUUCAAGCAGAGCGAGGCCACAAAGAAAGUGAAAAGCAAACUGAGAACGAACAGUAAGAAAAAGCUGCCCAGGAGCAGCGAGCCCAGCGUGGGCGGGAGCCAGCAGGAGAGCGCCGAGCCCUGGACUAACCACGGCAGCGACCUGUCGGAUGAUGCCGCCCCGCCUGGAUCCACUCCAGACUCCAGACCCAGCAAGUCGGAGAAGGGGGCAGGGAAGCUUCCCAGCGACCGCAGAGGGACAGGCGAGGGCAAGGCGGCCAAGAAAGGCCCGGCCCCGAAGGGCGGCGAGCCUCAGCCCCCGGGCUGGCCGCGGGCCUGCAGCGGCCAGGAGCAGGGGGAGACGCCUGGCGGCACGCAGCCGGAGCCCGGCCCCGCGGCCCGAGUGCCUGACUCGGGGAGCCCCAGAGCCGGGGGGCGCUUCAGGCCGCCGAAGGAGAGCCGCGGGGCUCGGAGGCCGCUGGCGAGCAAGGCGGGGGGCGCCGCGCUGCGCCUGGCGCACACGGACGGGUACUGCUCGGAUGCCGAGAUGAGCGACUCGGACGGCGAGGCCCGCGGCCGCCGCGCCCCGCGGGGACAGCUGGAGGCGGCCGGCGAGGACAUCGUCAGGAUGAGCAUCCUGGCCUCCUAACUGCUGCCCGCCCCGACGCCAGCGCCGCGGGGCGGCCUCAGCCCACUCACAACUGCCAUGUCCGAUCUCCGCCUGGUGCCGCGGCGAGGGGGAUUUUUAACGUGUACAUAGCUGGGACCUUGGCACUGGUGUCCUUCUCUCCUCCACACCCUGAGACGCAGCUUCAGCUUCACCGCCAUCAAGCACCCUGGCAGCCGCAGGCUCUCCCCGGCUCCCUGCAGGACCGAUGCUGAGGGUGCUGAGAGGCUGGAGGGUGCUGGUCCCCGUUGCUUCCGGCAGGGCUGACAGCUUAAUUAACGGGCAUUAUUUAACGAGGGGCAGGUUCCUGCCCGGGAUGGUUGGAGCCCCGGAGCAGGGAGCGGCAGAGGGUCGGGUAGCCGCUGGAAGGGUUGCUGCCGCCGGGGUGCGUGCGUAGGAGGAAGGAAAAGAAGCGAUGCUGAAAUAAACGAUGAUAAAGCACAAAAAGCUGACUGGGGCGGGGGGGGAACAGUGCUACCUUUGUGGAUUUAGAAGACAGCUCCCCUGGAUCGAUACUUUCCCUUCAUUUUCCACCGGACUGGGAUCCGUCCACGGGCCAGGAUGCAGAAUCUCCCCAGCCCUGCCCCACAGGUCCUUGAGGCAGUGAGAAAAGGCAAAGUGAUUAACUCAGGUGAAUUGAGUAGCUGGCAGCAAGCUGGGAAGUGGAAAUGUGGAACAGGCUGGGGAGAAAAACAUCCUGUAAAAACAAGGGGAGUCAGGGUCGGUGCGACCCGGGAGGUUGGCUGACGUUUUCCUUGCCCGUGCUUCUCCCCGCCGGCUGCCGGAGUCCCGCCGAGUCGGGCGGGCUCCUUCGAAGUCUCCUUUGCACAAGGAAACGUUUGGCCUCUGGGCCGAGCCUGCUGUCGCCGAGGGGCGGUGGAGAGGCUGCGCCAUCACCAUUCUGUUUUCCUACCAAAAGCUCCCAUGGAAAUGGUGAGUUUCUUCCUCCCCAUCGUUUGUUGGGUUUGGCUUUUGUUUUAAUUCCUUAAAUCCUGGUUACAAGCUGUUGACUUGUGGGAGGGUGAUUCACAGGAGCUGACAUUAUAAAUAUGACAAUAAUUUAAUGCAUAAAAUGUCCCCAGUAAGCCUUAACUGUUGCUGAGAAGCCCACGGUACCUACGAGUCAGGCGAGUUGCCACGAUUGCACUUAACUGCACCAUUACUUCGGUUUUGGCUUCAAAGGUCACAGUUGCAAGUCGUGCUUUGUGUUGUAUUGGAGUGACCCCAGUGUGAGCUCAGGGAACAAACAAAAAACACACAGACAAAAAAAAAAAACUACAAAAAAAAAAAGAGGAAUUCACUGAAACUUUUGUUGUUGUUGUUGUUUUUUAAAAAUAAUUUUUUAAAAAGUCUAAAAAAAAAUAGAGCAAAAACAAAACCGCACCACAGACCACACCCAGCCCGGGCCGCCACCGGUUAACCCAUUCACUAGCCAGAGAGACACCCUGCAGUUGUGAACCAGUCUGCCAGAGAAGCUUUGUGGAUGCCAAAGAAUAUUUGACAGUCAAGCAGCACAGCCAGAAACCGGAAACUUGUCACAAUGGAAACAAAACCAGUAACAAACUACCAGAAAUCGGAGGCCCUUGGGUCCCGCGGGGACUGAGGGCACACUCAUGACACACUGCUGCGGCGCUAGGUUCCAGGCUUGCUCCGAGGGAUGCUGCUGCUCCGAGUCCGCAUCCUGCCGUUUAAUUUCCAGUGCUUUGUGCUCAUUCCACUGUGAGCUUUCCGUUGAAACUCUGAGACUCCUGCAGCUGGCGUUUUAGAGUCGAUCACCUUUGAUCAGCCUUCCAAAGUCCUUCCGAUUGAUCAGACUGCAGCAGAGAGAAGCGAUGACAACCUGGCUCACCCCAGGCGUGGCGAGAGGCUGCGGCGGGCGCCGGGCGGGAUGUCCGUGCCCAGCCCUGGCUCGGCCCAGCACUAACCCGGCUGACACCGACCGUGCCUGGGGAGGAGUCUUCCUCCGAUGGGAAAAAUGUUACUAGCAAGAAAAUAAAUAAUCAUUAAAAAGAAAAAAGAAGACCAACAAAAAAAAAACCAAAAUCAUCAAAAGGGAACCACUUUGUUACAAAUUAGCAUAAUCCCUCGAGGUUGGAAAUGAAACUCUGCUCAUGAAUUAAGGCUCAGUAUGUUCAGAUAAUGUUAAAUACAGUAAAUAGGACUUAGUUUAUCUUACCAGGCUUGCUAGCUUUAGCUACAGUAUCCUAGCAUAAGAGUCAUAACAAUAAUCAAUAUGCUGCCUUUUAAUGAAUCUUGCUUCCGUGUGCUUCACUCAGUUAUGGACUUAAAAAAAGCAAAAAAAGCAAUCCACAAAUCUCACUGUCCACAGCUCCAUCCAUCGGCUUCUGCACCUCUUGUCUGCUCAGCAGGGGAACACAAAGAGGGGGACACCUUCAAGAACAACCAAGCCAGCACUGCCAGCAGCAGGCAAUAAAGCAGCUGGGAGCCUUCCCGGAACACCCUGCUUUGCCAGCAGGAGAUGGUUCCAGCGGGGGAAGCUCGGGGGGCAGUAGUGGGGCAGGGCAAACCCAGGGAACAGAGAGGUAGAAAGGGUCUGCGGGAGACAUGGCAGGGCUGCACAGAGCGGGAUGGUGAUGGUCACCCCAGCGCAUCCCCUGCCCACCACGUCGUCGGGGUUCAGGAGAGACAAAUGUAUUAAGGAGAAUAUUUUUGAUGUUGCUAUAAAUGUAUUUUGAAAUUAAUAGAAAGAAAAGGGUUUAUUUUGGUAGGGAAAUGUUGUCUUUUAAGAUGUAUAAACGGCAGGAACUGACAUUUGCACUGUACAGGGAGCUGUUUCCUUGGAGAAGCAGCAGCUGUUGAAAUGGAGAUGAGGACGCAAAGAGCAUCCUGCCCUGCUCCCGGAGCUCAGCCCCAGCAUCGCCCCAGCCCCCACAGCUGCAGGAGCUCCCGAGGACAGCCCCAGGGCCACGGCCAUUGCCCACAUCCUUUCUUGCCCCUUGCACCUAUUUUGGGGAGUCUAGCUGCCUGCCGUCCCACGGCCCUCACCCCGUGGCGGGGAGGGGAGCAGGACGGAGGUGGGAUGCAGGAGCAGCUGCUGCAGGGCAGGGUGUGAGGGUUGGUUGUUCUUCAAGGAGCUUCCCCGCCCCGGUUUGUCCAUCCUGCAUCCAAACCAACCCACUUCACAUCAGUUACAGGAAACGAUAUGAAUGUCGCGGGGGGCGCCGCCCCCUGCUUUCUUUGUUUCAAAGAACGUGAUGUGCCAUUUGUUAAUAGAAAAGAGAAAUAUUGAAAAAUAUAUUGAAAAGAGCAAUUUUAAAUUAUUUUUGGCUUAUGUUGCAAUAUUUAUUUUCUUGUAUUAGAAAUUCCUUUGUAGAGAAAAAAAAAAGUAUUUUUCAUUAAUGCAAAAACCUAUUUCUCCUUUUUGUACAUUUUCCAUGUUAGUUAAUCCUUAAAGCAAUAUACUGUUACCAACCUCGUUCUGUGUGACUGUAUGAUGCAUGCUCUCUGUGUUGCCUUGGAAUAGCUCUGUCUGCCAUUCUCUCCAUCCUGUUCAGAUACAGUGUAUGCUUUAAUACACCUCGGGACCAUGGCCCAUCGCUCACAGACGACAAACAGCCCCUCUGCAUCCCUCAGUGUGUUGCAAAUGCAGUCAAUAAAGCAGUGUUUUCUGUG